UGCACCCUGCAUAAAUUAUGUAUUAAGACCGGACCUGGACUGCAGAAUCUUGGAAGGCAGACGAGGCGUGUUUUGUAAAUACUUCGGUAGACUGUCGGGCGCUCUCUACAACUGUUUUUCCCCAAGCAACGCAUACUAGUCCUCACCAUGGUCAUCAAAUUCUACUUUUCGAGUAUAACCUCCAACCUGGGAAUCAAGAAGCACCAGCAGAGGAUUGAGAUGAUUCUGUCUUCCAAGAAGUACGAGUACGAGAGCAUUGACAUUGCUCAUGAUGAGACGGCCAAGGAGAGAAUGAGGGAACUGAUGGGAGACCCCAAGGGCUUGCCUCCUCAACUGUGCAACGACGACACCUACUUAGGAGGCUUUGAGGAAUUUCAGGAUGCUGUUGACGAUGAAAAGUUGGAGGCCUUUCUGAAAAUCUAACAGACUGCCAGUGGUCGUCUUCAAAGUGGAAGGACAGUUAAUUUAAACAACUCUGCCAUAGCAACCGAAACAUGGCCUUAUCAAGCUUGAGAUACUCAGCCACACAGGAUAAGAAAGUAGCCCAAAUUUUGGACUUCACAACAGCUGUUGUGUUUAAUUUAAUGAGUUGAUUUUUAGUGUGCUGGGUCAAGCAAAACCAUGUUUACCCCAAAAGAUAGAUAAGUCUCAAUUGUAAUUGUAAAAAUUGAGCAUUUCGGUAAAGUCAGUUCAUUUGAAUUGACAUGGAACAAACAAAAAUGCACUAUCAAUGUUUUUCUUCAGUAGAAAAACAUCCUAGUUGAAUGUGGUUCUGCUGAGUAACUUAGUUGCACUGAAUGAUGUCCAUGUACAUGUUAUGUUGUAGGCACCAUCAUCUUGGGCAGAUAUCAAGUCUUUGAGACGUGCAUUCAAAUGCAAAUUGGUCGACAUCAGCAUUGUAUUCUCUAGUUUAAGAAAGCCUUACAUCAUCCAGUGGUGCUAUGACAUGUAGUCAAUUAACAGGCUGAAUGGUUUAAAACACGAGGAGCCUACUCAUUUGAUGUAGUAUAAUUUACCACUGCCAAGUUGUGAUGGCAAGAGUUCAAUUACAGAGGUUUCAUUGCUGGUAUUUUGAAAACUGUUUUCUCCCAGCAAAAAUAGCCUGUUAUCAUGAACAUGUGGUUAGAAAAAAAAUGGCAGGCAAUAACGAACUUGGGAAAAUAAGUGGAGUGUAGAGAACUUUAACCGCAGAAAAUGUGGAAUGAAAAAACACUUUAGGCUUCAGUAGUCAAUACAAGAAUCCAGGAUUUCAGACCAUCUAAAAUUUGGCUAACUUUCUUAAUUUUUUGGGAAGUAUCCCAAGCACAUCACUGUAAACAACUGAAGCAAAUUGACUUGCCAUAUUUUAUAUUUAUAAAGAAUGAUCAUGUUCAAUUUUAAUUCUUUGCAGAAGGGCAGCCCUUUGAAUUUUUAUUCCUCUAAAACACAUGAACUAGAGUUUUCUACAUGUAAUUACAUAUGACCGACUGGAAUACUUGGCUGAAGGAACAUUGUAAAACGACUGGACCUUUUCUCACGGCUUUUCGUUUUCUUUCUCACUCAAUCACUUCAACUUUUUACAGUUUCACAAACUCAAGUUUGAAUACAGUUAAUUGUCGAUAUUUUUGGAGGUGUUAUUUACUCUUUCCAGUCAUUUGUAUUGGGCUGUGCAAGCCUUCAGCUCAGAAACAGCAUUAGGAAACUCAUUUGUCAAGAUCUAGUCAAUGUUGAAUUAGUCAAUUUUGGAUGGACUUUGUGUGUAUAUGUCCAACAACUGCUGAACUUUUUAAAGAGGUUUAUAAGCAAAACAUGCGUUUAAAAACUGGUCCACUCAAUUAACAUGCAUUAUUUUUGCAAAGAGUGAAAACUAAACUCAUUCAAUAGUCGAGUAGGCAUUUAUUAUGUAAUGACGUGUGCUUCGCUGGGGUGCCAAGAUUUUAUCAUUUCCUGGGUCCAUUUACAAGUCAGGCUGAUAAACUGUGAACAAUGGCAAAGAUAUUUGCAGGUCAGAGGUUGAUAGCAUUUUGAGAACAAGACCAAUUGUGUUCCUUCCCAAUUAUCAGCCACUGCCCGACUUCAGACACAUCACUCACUGCAAGAGGGGCCGGAUAAUUUGAUAAAACUAAUUUAUUGAGAGAUCAAAUUCAGUAGAAAAGUAUAAUUGUAUUUAUUAUUCAACUUGUGCUUUCUGUGUUUAUUUAACCAAGAUUUUUAAGCUGAAGACAUCUGCAAUUUUCAGAUGCAAGAAAUUUGGACCUUAUAUUGUGGACAACUAGAGAAAUACCACCUGCAUUAUGUGGUCAGUCUUGCGACCAUCUGAAUGUAAAUUACUUUCCCCCUUUGUCUGUUUGAUGUGUGUUGUCCAUGUUCACUGGUGUUCUUUAUGAAAGAAUGAGUGAUGUUUUUCAAAAGUGAUUUGUCCUGUGAAGCUGUAAGUCCAGAUUCUAGAUAUGUUGUAUUCAGUACUUUUGAGUGUUGCUAUUCAGAAAUGUGUGCUUGCCAUAUCAGAUAUGUUAGUUUUAUUUUCUAGUUUGUAGAUCAUAUAGGUGCUGAAUUUAAUUUUUCAUUUUGUUUAUCCUGAAAUAAAAUGGUUUUGCUUUGUAACCAGUAAAA